GAAACAUGGAGGAGAGAUGACCACUUUAGGUCCCUGCUGAGGAAAAAGGCGGGAUAGGAUUUCUGAGAGGCAGCGGCAUGCACUGUAAUCUCUGACAGGCAGCAGAAGAUAGCUAAGCAGUGAGCAAAAGGGGGUCACAGAUCUAGCACUGGCCUGUACAGAAGGAUCUCGUAGAGGAGGAAGGUGAUCUGUCCGUCCAGGAGGAUGAAGGGAGAGCUGGACUCAGCAGUCUGCAAAUCAAAGGAGAGCCCUAGUGCCUCCAGUGCUGGGAGCAGAAGGGAAUUGUGGGAAGAAACCAUGAAGAAGAGCCUGGGAGACACCAAUGUCCUCCUUCCAGAUGAGCAGUGCCAGCAAUUCAGGCAGUUCUGCUACCAGGAGGCCGAGGGGCCCCGAGAGGCUUGCAGCCGACUCCACCAUCUUUGCCACCAGUGGCUGAAGCCGGAAAGGCACAGCAAGAAGGAGAUGCUGGACCUGGUGAUCCUGGAGCAGUUCUUGGCCGUCCUGCCUGCAGAGAUGGGGAACUGGGUCAGGGAAUGUGGACCAGAGUCCAGUUCCCAGGCGGUGGCCCUGGCAGAAGGCUUCCUCUUGAGCCAGGCAGAGCACAAGAUGCAGGAGCAGCAGGUGCAGCAAAGGAUCACACUGGAGGGUUACCACAGAACAACUUUUCCAGGUGGUGCCGUACGCUCUUUGCUAGCUUUUGGGGGUGGAGAGGAAGCAUCUUUCAGGCAACCUGCUGGGGGUCUGGUGACCUUUAGGGAGGUGUCUAUUCAGUUCUCUGAGGAGGAGUGGGCUCUGCUGGAUUCGAACCAAAGAAGGCUUCACAAGGAAGUCAUGGAGGACAAUUGUCAGAAUGUGGCCUCUCUGGAGGCUGAUGGUCCCCAGUACAAGUCGGAGGGAGAAACACAACUCCACCUAUUAAAUGAAAAAGAGCAGGGAAGGAACACUGGAACAGAAUGGAAGAGGGGGGAUGAAUUUUGUGCUUCUCAGGGUGCUGAAUCCCAGAUGUUUGAUACAUGUGGCAUAAUUAAUGCAUUGGAGAAAUCUGAUAAAUGCUUGGAGUGUAGAAACAUGUUAGACAGGAAGGGAGAUAUUCCUGGCCAUCAGCAGCUCCACAGUAGGGAGAAACCACACAAAUGCUUGCAGUGUGCAAACAGCUUUCCACAGAGUUCACUGUCUACUAUCCAUCAGUGUAUCCAUAAUGAUAAGAAACCAUACAAAUGCAUGCAGUGUGCAAAGAGCUUUCGUUGGAGUUCACUACUUAUUGUCCAUCAACGUAUCCACACUGGGGAGAAACCAUACAAAUGCAUGCAGUGUGCAAAAAGUUUUACUAAUAGUUCACACCUUACUGUCCAUCAACGUAUCCACACUGGUGAGAAACCAUACGAAUGUUUGCAGUGUGAAAAGAGGUUUGCUACGAAUUCACAGCUAACUAGACAUCAACGAAUCCACACAGGAGAGAAACCAUACAAAUGCUUGGAGUGUGGAAAGAACUUUGCUGUACGGUCACAGCUUACUAACCACCAAAACAUUCAUGCUAAGGAGAAGCCACAUAAAUGCUUGGAGUGUGGAAAGAUAUUUGCUCAGAGUUCACAGCUUUUGAGACAUCAACAUAUCCACAGUGGGGACAAACCAUAUAAAUGCUUGGAGUGCGGAAAGAACUUUGCUGCAUCUUCACACCUUGCUAGACAUCAACUUAUCCACACUGGGGAGAAACCAUACAAAUGUUUGCAGUGUGCAAAGAGCUUUCCUCAGCGCUCACAUCUGAUUAUCCAUCAACGUAUCCACACUGGGGAGAAGCCAUAUAAAUGCUUAGAGUGUGGAAAGAGCUUCUCUCAGAUUUCAGCACUUAUGACCCAUCAACACAUCCACACUGGAGAGAAACCAUAUAAAUGCUUUGAUUGUGAAAAGUGCUUUGCACAGAAGUCAACACUCAGGGCCCAUCAGUACACCCACACUCAUCAAAAGCCAUAUAAAUGUUUGGAAUGUGGGAAGAGCUUUUCUUGUAGAACAAAAUUUAGACACCAUCAACGUAGUCACACAGGAGAGAAGCCAUAUAAAUGCUUGCAAUGUGAAAAGAGCUUUGCUUGGAGUGCAACUCUUAAGACCCAUCAGCUUAUCCACACUAGGGAAAAACCAUAUAAAUGCUCAGAUUGUGGAAAGAGCUUUUAUCAGAGCGCUGAUCUAACAACUCAUCAGCGUAUCCACACUGGAGAGAAAGCAUAUAAAUGCUUAGAGUGUGGAAAGAUCUUCACUCGGAGGAACAGCCUAACUAUUCAUCAAAGAAUCCACACUGGGGAGAAACCAUAUAAAUGUCCAGUUUGUGAAAAGAGCUUUCCAAAGAAUUCAACACUUAUUGCUCAUCAGCGUAUCCACACUAGAGAGAAACCACAUAAAUGCUUGGAUUCUCAGAAGACUUUUGCUGAAAGUGCACACCUUACUGCUCAUCAGUGUAUUCACACUGGAGAGAAAUUAUAGAAAUGCUUGCAAUGUGGAGUUCACAACCUAUUAUCCAACAACAAACCCACACUGAAGAGAAACCAUACAAAUGCUUGCAGUAUGAAAAAGACUUUCCUCAGACUUCCCAGCUGA